AUGGGGCAACCAGACUGGCUCGAAUAUGGCAUUCCCACCCUCGAUAGACCAUUCGGCGUCGCAUUGUGGCCCAUCUUCGCGAAAGCAUUUGAAGCUGUCCGUGGCUACUCGCCGGAGGACUUCCGUUUCGUGUCCGGCAAGACGCCAAUGGCCAGCAUGGCGGAAACCGCGAUUUUCCUGAUCUCCUACUACAUCAUCAUCUUUGGAGGACGCGAGUUUAUGAGGGAAAGACCGGCGUUCAAGCUCAACUUUUUCUUCAAGAUCCACAACUUCUACUUGACGGCCAUCAGUGGCACCCUCUUGCUGCUGUUCUUGGAGCAGCUGAUUCCAACAGUCACGAGGAAUGGUGUCUACUACGCGAUCUGCCAUUACAAUGGUGGCUGGACGCAGCAGCUUGUGGUUCUCUACUACUUGAACUACCUCACCAAGUACCUUGAGCUACUCGACACAUGCUUCCUCUUCCUCAAGAAGAAGCCGCUCACCUUCCUCCACACCUACCACCACGGUGCCACCGCCCUCCUCUGCUACACCCAGCUUCUCGGCCACACUGCGGUGUCCUGGGUGCCAAUCACUCUGAACUUGAUGGUCCAUGUUGUCAUGUACUGGUAUUACUUCCAGUCUGCACGUGGCAUCAGGAUUUGGUGGAAAAAGUACAUCACCAUGCUCCAGAUCAUCCAGUUCGUGAUUGAUCUCGGGUUCGUUUACUUUGCGUCAUACACCUACUUCAGCGCCCGGUACUUCCCAUGGCUGCCAACAUAUGGCAUCUGUGCUGGAGAGGAGUUUGCAGCCUUUGCUGGUAUGGGAAUCCUCAGCUCGUACCUGUUCCUCUUCAUUGGAUUUUAYGCAUCUACAUACAAGAAGCCAGUCAAGAAGGGUAGAGGCCGCGCGACCAGUGCUCUUGUGGAGAUGAAGGAUGAGCCGUUGCCCGAUGCCAAGGAUGUCAGGCGACGAUUGAGCGGAGGCCCAUCGACUCUUGCUGGAUACAGCACCGGGAAGGAGAACGGCACUCCCGGUCGCGUAACCAGAUCGCGAAAGGCUUAG